AUGAUAACACAGCUAACUCGUCUUUAUGCUUCUGUGAUACUUCAAUUCUGUUCCCACACAUCUGGGAGUAAGCAAGAUCUUGAACCUAACAAUUGUGCAUCUGUGUGUAUCUUCAAUGUAGACCACACAUCAUCUGUAAAUCAUCCUAUAUGUAUCCCUUGUCAUGGGUUUCAGUCACAUCCUUCUUUGUCUUCACCUAAUAGAUUGCAUAAAAGCUAUGAAGAAUGUGAUAUCUCAGAAUCCAAAUACAGUCCUCUAGGUGGUCCUAAGCCCUUUGAGUGUCCCAGUAUUCAAAUUACAUCUAUUUCCCCUAACUGUCAUCAAGGAAUAGAAGCCAGUGAAAAUGAAUUGCACACAAAUGGCCCUCAAAAUGAGUAUAUGGAGCGGCCUUCAAGGGACCACUUGUACCUUCCUCUUGAGCCAUCCUUCAGAGAAUCUUCCCUUAGUCCAAGUCCUGCCAGCAGCAUUUCUUCUCGGAGCUGGUUCUCAGAUGCCUCUUCUUGUGAAUCUAUCUCUCAUAUUUACGAUGAUGUGGAUUCAGAAUUGAAUGAAGCUGCUGCUCGAUUUACACUUGGGUCACCUUUGGCAUCUCCUGGAGGUUCUCCAAGGGGUUGCCCAGUGGAUGAACCCUGGCAAGCAUCAUAUGGAUUUGGGCAUACUUUGUCACCUAGACAAUCUCCCUGUCAUUCUCCAAGGACUAGUAUCACAGAUGAAAAUUGGCUUAGCCCUAGACCAACCUCAAGACCAUCAUCAAGGCCUACAUCACCAUGUGGAAAACGUCGGCAUUCUAGUGCUGAGAUCUGCUACAUUGGUUCCCUUUCCCCUCACCAUUCUCCAACCCCAUCACCAGGACAUUCUCCCAGGGGAAGUAUAACAGAAGACACAUGGCUAAAUUCUUCUCUCCAUGGUCUGACACCUGGCCUGUCACCUUUUCAGUGUUGUGCAGACACUGACAUCCCUCUGAAAACCAGAAAAACCUCUGAGGAUCAAACUGCCAUUAUAUCAGGAAAAAUAGAGCUUUGUUCUGAAGAACAGGGUAAUUUAGCACCGUCCCUUGAAACUGCUGUAGACGAUAACUCUGGAUCUCAGCAUACAUUAAAAAAAGACUUGCCAGGUGACCAAUUUCUUUCUGUUCCUUCACACUUUACCUGGAACAAACCAAAGCCUGGCCAUACUCCUAUAUUUCGCACAUCUUCGUUGCCUCCCCUAGACUGGCCUUUGCCUACGCAGUAUGGGCAGUGUGAAUUGAAAAUAGAAGUGCAACCCAAAACACACCAUAGAGCACAUUAUGAAACGGAAGGCAGUAGAGGAGCAGUAAAGGCAUCAACUGGUGGGCAUCCUGUUGUGAAGCUCCUGGGUUACAAUGAAAAACCUGUAAACCUACAAAUGUUCAUUGGAACAGCAGAUGAUCGUUACUUACGGCCACACGCCUUUUACCAGGUGCACAGAAUCACAGGGAAGACAGUUGCUACUGCUAGUCAAGAAAUUAUUAUAGCUAGCACAAAGGUUCUGGAAAUACCACUUCUUCCUGAAAACAACAUGUCAGCCAGUAUUGAUUGUGCAGGUAUUUUGAAGCUCCGCAAUUCAGACAUAGAACUUCGUAAAGGGGAGACAGAUAUUGGAAGAAAAAACACAAGGGUGCGGCUGGUAUUUCGAGUACACAUCCCCCAACCUAGUGGGAAAGUCUUGUCCCUCCAAGUUGCUUCAAUCCCUGUUGAAUGCUCUCAGAGAUCGGCUCAAGAACUUCCUCAGAUAGAGAAAUACAGCAUCAAUAGUUGCUCAGUAAAUGGAGGCCAUGAAAUGGUUGUUACAGGGUCUAACUUCAUUCCAGAAUCAAAAAUAAUAUUUCUCGAAAAGGGGCAAGAUGGACGGCCUCAGUGGGAAGUGGAAGGAAAAAUAAUUAGGGAAAGGAGUCAAGAGUCUACAAUUGUUCUUGAAGUUCCUCCAUAUCACAACAAAGCAAUUACGUCUGCUGUCCAGGUGCAGUUCUAUGUUUGCAAUGGCAAGAGGAAAAAAAGCCAGUCUCAACGUUUUACUUACACUCCAGUUGUACUGAAACAAGAGAACAGAGAUGAAAUGGAUUUGUCUUCGGUUCCAUCAUUAUCCCUGACUCAUUGCACAACUGUUAAAGGACUCCCUUCUCUUCAAACUCAGCUGCCUUCCCCAGACCCAGGGCUCUCACAUGACAGUUUACUUUCUACAUCACCCAGGAGCCUUGUCUGCCCUGUUCAGCAAACAUAUACACCAAUGGCACCCUCAGCAGUAUCCCCGUUGUCACACAUCCAUGGUAGAAGCAUUAGUCCAGGUGAGGAGCAUCCUGUUAUGUCCCCAGCUGUAGUCCACCAGUCUUUUCAGGUAACAUCAGCAUCUUCUGCAAGGCCUUCCUACCAGUCUAUGCAAUCUAAUAUUAUGUUUAACGGACAAUCUGGUCUUCCCAUGAACUCUGCCUCCUCCAGCCAAGGAUAUGAUACAAUUUCAUUUCAUCAAGAUGCAGCUCUACCUCCGUUGAUAAACCUUAGCUGCCAGCCUCUACCAUCUAUGCCGUAUCAUUCUUCAAAUCCAGGUUCUGUGUCUACGUCAGCUGCAACAGGGGGGCAUCAUCCAUCAGCACACCCAGCUCAAUCGUCAAGACAGUCGUCACCUCUGCAGUUAAUGGGGUACCAUUGUGCAAAUCCUCAACAAAGUUCAGUUCCUUCUGCAGUUUCUCAGCCUCUUGGACUUUCUUCUACGCAGUUGCAGCAAGUCACGUACCAUCCUUCAAAUCCAGGUAACACUUCAUCACCAUCACCCAAAUCUUCUCAUUCUUUGGUCCAUUCACCACGAUCUGGGCCAUCUUCUCCUCAAUUGCAGCCUAUGCCUUACCAGACUCCUAGCUCAGGACCUGCCUCCUCUCCUCCUCCGGCUGGUCUUAGUCACUCUGGACAACAGUCCCCACAGGCGCAUAGCCCAAGUUUGGGAGGAAUUGCUGCAACUUCAUCUUUGAUGCAUCAUAACAUAUGUGACACAUCUCCAUUUUCAUCAGAGGGCUCAACUGUUAGCAUUAAACCUGAACCUGAAGAUCGGGAGUUGAAUUUUCAGGCAAUGGGGCUGCAAGACAUCACCUUAGAUGAUGUGAAUGAAAUAAUAGGAAGAGAUAUGUCACAGAUCUCUGUGUCUCAUGGAGCAGAAGUAGCCGUCCAUUCUCCACACGCUUGUUCUGCAUCUUUGGAGACGGGAAUAUCAGAUGGAGUUCAGUAGCGACGGACCUUAUUAAUUAAGCAGUCCCGAAAACUUGGCACUUUCCCUCAGUAAUGCUUCAUCCCCUCUUUAGAGUUAUUGUGCUUCCAGUUUUUGUGGCCUUGAUCAUCUGGAACAGUGGACCCUUGUAGAGCUGUUCUUGGGGACUGGGCUGGUGGGGAGGGUUACACAUCUGACUUAGGGACAGAGCAGUCUGAUUCUAGGAUUUUUAGGAUCUUGUAAAAAUUACUUUGUACAAAUGGACACAUGCAACACAAUAUAUUUUAACGUUGAAAAAAAACCAAUGAGUUUUGCUUGUUUUAUGCAUUCAGUAGAAUUCUUUUAUAUUAUAUGCUUGUAUGGAGAAAUAUAUAGUUUUGCUCUCAAUAGGCACAGUACUGAAUGUGGGGAUUUUUUUUAAAAAAAAUACACAUCUUCAUAUGCUGCUUUUCCUUAGGAGAGAUAUUAGGAUUGUAAUUUAAAUUUGUAUACAGGGUGGGGUGGGGUUAGGGAGCCUUUUUGAAGAGCCUUUAAGCUUAUAUGGUUGAAAAGAGAACCUUUUUAUAAAAAUAAUCUUCCAUAGGCAAAAAAAUUACCUGUCAUCUUAAGCCAAUGCCUUUGGAAGCCUUGUUGUAUAAAAGAUUGUUAGGAUUUUCUCUGGAUUUUUAGGAAGCAAAGCCAAAUAUAGAUCUGUGUUUUUUGUACACUGAAAAUCUUUGGUAGGCUGUGAAGAGACCAUUCCAUCAUGGAAAUAUUGGAUAGAAAUGACAUUCCAUAAUCUAACAUAACUUUAUAGCCCUUGCCAGCACAGGCCAUUUCUAACAGAAACAGUUUUACUUGUUCAGAACAGUUUCUAUAAAAGCUCAUUUUUAAGGAGUUAAUUAAGAUUUUUGGAUUUUUUUUUAAAAAAAACAUUCUUUAAAGAAACAUUUAGAGUUUUUCCUGCCAUCUUGAAAUCCCUCAGGUAGGGUUUUGCAAUUAGACCAUGUUUUCCCCUGUUAAAUAAAUCUAAUUAUUUACAUCUGUUGUUCUCCAGUUUUUUUUAACAGCAUGGUGGCCAUUCUGUUUACAGCAGUGUUUAAGUGGUUGAAUGAGUCCCAGUAAUUAGUAAAGGGAUGCAGCAGAUUUUUUUUAAUUAAUUAGUGAAAAGUAUUUCAGAUCUCAGCAAACCUGCCUGGCUGCUCAUGCUGUUCUGGAUAGGGUUAGUGAUAGUCCUAGAGGCAAUUUACAGUGGUGCCCCGCAUAACGAGGGCCCCGUUUAACGACGAACCCACAUAGCGACGCGUUUUUUGCGAU